CCAUCGGGAAGACAGCCACUCCUCUCCUACCGCGAAACGACGCGAAAAUCUUAUUAACCACGUGAAUAUAUAAGCGAACAAGUACUUUCCAAGCUUUUCAGUUAUCCACAUCCACGAGGAGUGGGUUUAUUUUUCAUCAUACGAUGCAGUUUGGGUAUUUCCGCCGGGUGGUGCAUUUCACGGAUUUCCCGCAGAAUUAAUUUUCUGUAAUAUUUUGGUGAAUUUAUUUGAAAGACUUCACAAGACGAAACGGGAAUUGCAGAGGAAGGUGUUCAAGGCUUCCCAGAAACUUAAGGGCUGUUGAGAAGUUGACAGGCCACAGUUUUGAGAAUCACUCCUUCUGUGUGUCGUACAUACUGGACGAGGAGGCAGGAAGGGACGGGGGUGUAAGACCCCAGGUCCCGCGAGGGGCAUCUAAAAUGGGGACAGGAAGUCGGGAGCAGGAGUUUGGUCAGACAGGGGCCAUGGGAGGCCCCCAGGGGCCCAGGCAUCGUCAGCAAGAGCUGCCUCUACGAAUACUAGUGCCCACUCAGUUUGUGGGAGCCAUCAUUGGGAAAGAAGGACUCACUAUAAAGAACAUCACAAAGCAGACACAGUCCAAGGUAGAUAUCCAUCGUAAGGAGAAUGCAGGAGCAACUGAGAAGGCCAUCACUAUCCACUCAUCUAAAGAGGGCUGUUCACAAGCCUGCAGGAUGAUCCUGGAAAUAAUGGAAAAAGAGGCCAAUGACACCAAGAUUGUUGAUGAGGUUCCUCUGAAGAUCUUGGCCCACAACAGCCUUGUUGGGAGACUCAUAGGGAAGGAGGGCAGGAACCUGAAGAAGAUAGAGCAAGAUACUGGGACCAAGAUCACUAUUUCCUCAUUACAAGACCUAACUAUAUAUAACCAGGAGCGUACCAUCACGGUGAGGGGAGGGGUGGAGGAGUGCUGUAAUGCAGAAGUGGAGAUCAUGAAGAAACUUAGAGAAGCCCAUGAGAAUGAUGUGGCUUCACUUAAUCAGCAGACUAACAUGAUGUCAGGUCUAAACCUGAGCGCAUUGGGGAUCUUCUCCUCUGGCUUGUCUGUUCUCCCUCCAGCCUCUGGUGUGCGUGGAUCUCUGUCUGCCCCAGCCAACUACAGCCCCCUGCUGGGCCCCCCAUCAGUAUUGGGUGGUAUGUAUGGGGUUCCCUCCUCCGGAGCAUUAUCUCUUCAGCAAGCAACUGCUGAACAGGAAGUGGUCUUCCUCUUCAUCCCCACUCCAGCAGUAGGAGCUCUCAUCGGGAAGAAAGGGCAACACAUUAAAGAGCUGGCACACUACGCUGGAGCCUCAAUAAAAAUUGCUGCACCAGACAAUCCUGAUGAUCCUGAGAGGAUGGUCAUUAUCACUGGACCCCCAGAGGCUCAGUUCAAGGCACAGGGGAGGAUAUAUGGAAAGUUGAAAGAGGAGAAUUUUUUCACUGCUAAGGAAGAAGUGAAGUUAGAGGCACAUAUAAAAGUGCCUUCGACCGCCGCCGGACGAGUCAUCGGGAAGGGUGGCAAAACGGUCAAUGAGCUGCAGAAUCUCUCCAGUGCUGAGGUCAUUGUACCACGGGACCAGACACCAGAUGAGAAUGAUGAAGUGUUUGUGAAGAUAAUUGGACAUUUCUUUGCCAGUCAGACUGCCCAGCGCAAGAUAAGGGAGAUUGUUCAACAGGUCAAACAGCAAGAGCGGAAACACCAGCAAACGGUGCCAACACCCUCACAACCAUCAAAAUGAUCAGCGGACGCCUGCAAGCAGCAGCUAAUGAAUGUAGCUCAUGCGAGGACAAAUCGAAAUUCAAGAAAGAAUUCAAGAAAUAGACAAAGGGAGAGUGAGACAGAGCGGGAAACAGAGAGAGACAGAAGCUGACGAAGAGGACCAGCAGUUUAAAACAACCAAAGAACUUAAAGCACAAAAACAUUUGGUCAUGCGGAUAUGAAUGAGGAUGAUUGAGAGCGUUAUCAGGUCAGAGAUCUUUUUAUGACCAUGGACCUGAUAUUUCAUAUUGAGCUCUUUUUGUUACUGAUUAAGCUGAUGUGAGGAUUUGUGCACUGUGAAGUAGACUGCUGGAUGAGGUGAAUGCACACUGCAGGUAGAUUUUAUAGGGACUUGCAGGUCUAGUUGUGCAUUAGAUCUACUAAUUUAUUAGGAGAUAUAAUAAAUUGCACAGCAAUAUGUUAAUAAGAUUCUAAAAACAAUUCUUUAGGUUUAUUCAACAGAAUUUUCUUUGGAAUCUCGUUUCAGGCUAUUUAAUGUGAGUAAUUAGAUUUGUUUGUUGACGUUUUCUAGUAACUAAUUAGUACAGCAUGGUAACUAAAAGCAUUAAGUGAUGUUACAAAGGAACGUACAUGUAAAAGAGUGCUUGCUGUGUGCCAGCAUUUCACUUCCAGUUCCUCUUUUCCACUGCUGAGUCUGAGCAUUUCUCCUCUGCUUGCUGCUCUGUUCUCUUUUCUCUUUUUAAUUAUAUUUCUUUUUAUUAAAUGUUUCCCUGUUCCCGACUUAUUCGUCACACAAAAUAAGAGCUGCCUGUGUGCCAACUUUAAAAAAAUAAAAAUAAAAUACAGUCCCUAAAGAGAGGUAGAUCUAGAUCGUCUUUGGGAAUCUAUUGUUGAUAUCCUGUACUCCCCACAUAUUACACCUUACACUACUGUUCUAAAGUUUGCGGUCAGUAUGAUUUUGAUAUUUUCUAUUCUGCAAGGGUGCAUUAUAUUUAUCAAAAGUGACCGUAAAGACAUUUAUAAUAUUGCAAAAUAUUUCUAUUUUAAAAUUUAUUUAUCGGUUUUAAAAGAAGAAUCCUGAAAAGAAGUAUCAUGGUUUCCCCAAAAUAUGAAGCAGUACUUGAUAUUUGUUUUUUCAACAUUGAUUAUAAUAAGAAAUGUUUCUUGAGUGGCAAAUCAGCACAUUAAACUGAUUUCUGAAGGAUCAUGAGACAUUGAAGACUGGAGUAAUGAUGCUGUAAAUUCAGCUUUGCAUCACAGAAAUAAAUUGCUUUUUAAAGUAUAUUCACAUAGAAAACAGUUAUUUUAAAUUCUAAUAUUUCAGAAUAUUACAGAAGAUUAAAAAAAUCUUACAAGCCUAAACUUUUGAAUGGUAGUGUGCAUGCACCUUGUCUGUAGGUCCUGUAACGGAAGCUCAUGGGAGUCCUUGAGGUCUUCCUGACACUCGUGAAUGUAUAUGAUGCAAAUGCCUUCUGCAAACAUGUACUUUCUGUGUAGCAAACAUAAUUUCUCCCCCUCUGAUUUCACGUGCUAAGAUGAGUGCACACAAGUGUGUUUGCAUUAGGGAAUGUAUGCAUAGACCGAGACAACAUAAAAGUCUACACAUGCAUUUUUGACAAGAGAAUAGCAAAGCCAAGACAAAGUGUUUUUUUUUUUUUAAUUGUUUGUAAAGACGUCCCAUUUUUUUUCGAAAUAUAUAAAUGUGAUGUGAUUGGUGAGGGAUGACGUCAUUAAGCCUUUUAAUGUUGCACAUCCAAAAGGCUAAUGGAAUAAAUAAAAAUGUAUGUACUGUAUAUAGGUGACAGUUCAAAAAUAUUGGUUUUUAGUGUUUCUUGACUGAUCAAAUGCAAACAGCCAGCAUUGCAGUACUGUACAGUCACAGAACGUAACAUUGAUAUAAAGCAACUGAUACAACCAUGAUUGAGACAUGAAAAUGAUAUAUUGAAAGUCCACGCAGCUUUGUGUGAAUCAGUACAAUAUACCGUUCUACCUCAAGAACAGGGUACCUCAAUCUGAUCUUUUCUCCCUUUUGCAUAUUUUGUAUACCUUGUAAAGCUCUCAAACUUAGAGCAUUUUUUAUUUUUCUAAAUAAAAGAACAAGAAGAAAAAAAGGGUUAGCGCAAGGCACCAACUUGGCCUGCUUGUUCUUGCGAAAGAGGUUUCAGAAACUGAUUGUUGCUUUAUGGUUUGACUCAGAUGAGCUCUUGAGGUCAAUACAACUCUUGGGCAACUGAACAUUUGGGUUGACAGUACUUUGUUUAAACUGAAAUAAUUGUCUUGACAGAUAUAUAGUGGCUAAGAAUACAGCUUAAUCCAACCAUAUGCAGUGUUCUUCAACCUGUAUUUAGAACGUUAUCUUUAUAUCACUCUGUAACAAGUAGCUCUGUAAUUUUUCUGUUUUAGAGGUCAUAUCUGAUGAGAUGGCCAAUAACAAGUCAGUUUUGGAUGUUCUAACAGCAUAUUUUUGAGGUUUUAUUAUAGGAGUAAUCUCCUCGAGUUUACUGCUGAAUGUUAGCGUAAUAAUAUUAGACACAAUUGAAUUUGAUCCUUUCAGUUUGGGUUUCUGUAGUAAAAUUUUGUCAAAUGUCAAAUUGGAAGGAUGUCAAGCUGACAACAUGUACAUGAAACCUAGUCUUUGCCGUAUUACUUGUGCAGCUGUCUCUGUGUCUGUUUCUCUUCACAUUCUACCAUGUUCAAAAUGUCUUUAUUGAUCACUUGUACCGUGUAUACUUCUGGGUGUUUGAUAAGCCUAUCCCUUAUCUAAUCAACUCUUAUAAUGAUGUCAAGCAAUGUAAAAAUGGGCAAAAAAACUAAUUUCAGAUCUGGGCAAAAGGGGGACAUAUUCCAUUGGUAUACUAUGGGCUCUAGCCAAGUCUGGGUGAGUUGGGGACAACAGGAGUGUGAGUGAACAAUCAUGAAUACACAUCUGUUUUAUGUUUUCUGGAAGGGUCACACUACCCUUCACAUGGAUAUGAGCAAUAAAGAGCCUUUAAAACAAUG